UCUUAUGUAACCUUCAUAAGGAAGGUUCUAUAGAGAGAGAGAUAAUAAAGUUCUAGAGAGAGAAAGAAAGAGAGGGAUGGAAGAGGGAAAGAAACCUUUGAGCCGUUCAAGAGAGGAAGAAGCCGAAGAGAAAGAGGAUAAAGGAAAGAAGGCUCGAUACGAUCGAUGCUUGACCGGCCUGGACCUGAAACUGGACCGGCCGAUUCGAGAGCUAGACCCAGAAAAACUGAAGAACGAGCUCCGACGGUGGGCCCGCGCCGUCGCCCGCUACGCCCGCCAGCUCAGCCGUACCUUUUCCGGCCUCUCCACCUCCCGCCGCCGCUCUUCCUCUUCCUCUUCUAGAGAUGAUGAUGCAUCCGCCGCCGUCGAUCCCACCGCAACUUCCCCUUCUCGGAAAUAACGCUUUCAUGUCUGCUGUGAUUGGUAGAGAGAUGAUUCGUAAAGCUGAUUUUGGUUUCUUUGUGAGAAUUAUUGAUGGAAAGAUUUUUAAUUUGGUGAAAGAA